GUAAAACCCGGGUAUGUUAUCACAUUAGUGAAUCUUCAGCUUGAGGAACAGAGGAACAGACUUUAAUGCUCAGUGUGAGGAUGUGGCGUGUGUGUGUGUUCGCUCUUCUGUCCGUUACGUGUGCUCGUCCACAGCUUCACACACAUGAUGAGAUGAUCAGCUUCAUCAAUGCAGCCAGAAGCACAUGGACGGCAGGUGUCAAUUUCGACAAUGUGCCAAAAAAAUAUCUGAAAUCUCUGUGUGGGACGGUUCUGAAGGGCCCAAGAUUGCCACAUACUGUGAAACACUCCACAAACGUGAAGCUUCCAGACAGUUUUGACCUGCGGGACCAGUGGCCGAACUGUAAGACCCUCAACCAGAUCCGAGACCAAGGGUCCUGCGGCUCCUGCUGGGCGUUCGGUGCAGUGGAGUCCAUCUCUGAUCGUAUCUGCAUCCACAGUAAAGGGAAGCAGUCUCCGGAGAUCUCAGCUGAAGAUCUGCUGUCCUGCUGUGAUCAGUGUGGAUUCGGCUGUUCUGGAGGUUUUCCGGCUGAAGCCUGGGAUUACUGGAGAAGAUCCGGCCUAGUGACUGGAGGACUGUACAACUCUGAUGUGGGCUGCAGACCGUACUCCAUCGCUCCCUGUGAGCAUCAUGUGAACGGCACUCGACCGCCGUGUUCAGGUGAACAGGACACACCCAAAUGCACAGGGGUUUGUAUCCCAAAAUACAGCGUCCCCUACAAACAGGACAAACACUUUGGCUCUAAAGUGUACAACGUCCCAUCGGACCAGCAGCAGAUCAUGACUGAACUUUACACCAACGGCCCUGUAGAGGCGGCGUUUACUGUUUAUGAGGACUUUCCACUGUAUAAGAGCGGUGUUUAUCAGCAUCUCACUGGUUCUGCUCUCGGUGGACACGCAGUGAAGAUCCUCGGCUGGGGAGAAGAAAACGGGACACCCUUCUGGCUGGUGGCAAAUUCCUGGAACUCAGACUGGGGCGACAACGGUUAUUUUAAGAUCCUCAGAGGCCAUGAUGAAUGUGGGAUUGAGAGUGAGAUGGUGGCUGGACUCCCUAAGCUCUGAAUACACACACACACACACACACACACACACACACACACACACACACACACACACACACACACACACACAGUCAUGCUGCUUCUAAAUCACACUCAAACACAAUCAUUAAGUUGGGACUUUUAGUUUGAUAAGAAUGGCACGGAAAUAAAAAAUUACACAAGUAUGUUUUCUUUUUUUCUAUUCUGCAAUAUAAUGAAUAAUGCAACCUCUACGCUACCGAUGCAAUAACAUAUUCUGUAUUAAAUAAUAGGAUAUAUGUAGUCUAGGGCUGCUUAAUGUAUUGCAAAAUGAUUGUUAUAGUACUGCAUAUGCAAUAUAAGUAUUGCAGAUGUGUGAUAAUUUAGAUUUAUUUUAUGCAUUGGUUGUUUAUCUAAAUUUGACCAAUCCGAUGGAGCCUCACUAUCUUUAGCCCCGCCUCCACAGUGGUUGCUGUUCUGUCAGUAAGCUGGAGCAUUUAAGUGUGGAAGUGUUUAUUUACUGUAUAUAGCACUUUUUAAACAUAUUAAUGCAGUCACAAAGUGUUUUACAAGUGAGAAACUACAACAAAAAUGAACGAUUCUAUGAGGUACAACAACAAAAUUUUAAAUAAAACACGUUUUAUAAGCUGUCUAAUUUACAUAUGAAUAGAACAUUCAAUAUACUGAAAUGUUAUUACCUUUCUGAGGAUCAUGUGACACUGGAGACUGGAGUAAUGAUGCUGAAAAGACAAACCAGUAUUUUGACCUGGACCCGUGUUUACACAAGCAUCUGAUCGUACCAAGAGUUCUGCUGAACAGUGCCACAACAAACAUCUCGCAGUCACAAAACUGCUGAAAUCAUUCAAGGAAGUCUUCAGCUGAGAGUGAGAGCAGGGUUUACCUCAUUGCCAUGGAUUAUGUCAUAAUGCUUAUUAACUAUGCAGACAGUGAUUGGCUGAUGGGAAGGGGGAGGAGUCUGUCAGUGUUAUUAGUAAGUUCCUUGCUUUUGAACGUUUAGACAUUAAAUAAACAUCUUCUGGUGUUACAAAUAAAUGUGUUUCUUAAAAAACAUGGGCAAAUUUGGGUUUAUAGAACAUACAUUUGCAAAAAUAAAUAUAUUUUUGGUUGU